UCUCAAUCACACUCCUCUCAUCAUGCUCGAGAAACUCAAGGCCGGCCUCGCUGAGCGGCAGCAGGAAAAGCUGGAACGCGCGGCGCCCGCCGGCGCCGCGGACCAAGCGCAUGCGCUGCAAGGCUACUGCCUCUGGCUCCUCCCGCCAUUGGAGCACGCCAAGACGCUGCGCGAGCUCGUGUUCUCGCUCUCGAAGGGCGCCGGCUCGCCCGCCUUCAUGCCGCACAUCACGCUCCUCUCGCCGCGCGUCGCGCGCGACCCCGACGCCCUCGAAACGGCGCUCCACCACGGCGUGAACGCGAGCAUGCUCGCGCGCGACAUGCAGUCCGACGAGCCGGGCGUGCGGCGCGGCGACGCCGGCUGGCUCAACCGCGACCCUGAGGCGUACGACCGCGCCGGCGAAGCCGCCGAGCCCGGCAUCAAGCUGCGCCUCGGCCCGCCGCAGGUUGGUGAUGCGUAUUACCAGUGCGUGCUUUCGCCUGUCGACCCCGCGAGCGCCGCGUCGCUCGUCGCGCUUCGCACGGCGAUUGCCGAGCGGCUCGGCGAGAGCGCCCUGCCGUACUUCCCGCAUUUGUCGCUGUGUUACGGCGACUUUGAGGAGGGGAAGCGGCAGGAGAUCGCCGCGAGCGCUGCGCAGAGCGCGCAGUGGCCAAUCGAGAUUAGUUGUACCGAGGCGGCUGUGGUCGACAUCAAUGGCACGGCAGACCAGUGGCGCAUUGUCACGACGGUGAGGCUUACUUAGAUGGUUAGAGAUAAGUAGCGCUAUGAAGAUGUCGACGAGCG